CCGAGGCGAAUUCCCUCAGUCGUUACCGUUGUAUCGAUGUAAGUGCAGUGAUAUUAGCGCAAGUAAAUAAUGAAAACUAUCGAACAUAUUAUAACCAUUGUGAACGUUCUAUUCGCUGUAAACGUUUUUAUUGGUUCAGGAUGUCCCAACGAGAUCAGAGAUGCGAAGGCUGCAUACAAAUCGGGCGAAAUCCACGAUCAAAGCCUACCGAUAACGCUGGAUAAUAUCAAGCGGAAGUUAAAGGAAAGCGGCGUUUUUGAUUGGCAAGAUCGGACUUUAAAUGAACGAGAGAAAAAGGAAUUGAGCAAAUUGUUCGAUGCUGUUGAGAUUAUGACUACAUCCCGUAACCGUCAACCGUCUAGCGUACAGAACGUAUUCUCUUCACUACGUUUGGUAGAGAGAGUAGUCAAGAAACAACUAAAAGAAGGGCAAAUUUCUGAGACGCUGGCAGCUAAGUUUCGUUGGGAUAAACUAUCUACGAAGCACAGGCGUGAAAAACCAACGUAUUAUAUAGACAAGAAGACAAGCAUGAGAAUUUUUGAUACAAAGAACUAAGUUUUAAUGCUAUUUUCAGAGUGAAUGGCUGUGGUUUUUCUGAAAUGUGUAUGUGGCCUAAACGAGAUUAUAGUUAUCAUUUAUGAUAAGUUGUAUUUGCUUAGUAAAUCAUAUUGCAAGGAAUUAAAUAAGUUUAAAAAAGAGUUUUUGCUAUCAUUAAAUGCAUUAGCGAAGCUUGUAUUUUUUCAAAUAUUAGAGAUAUUAUAUAUUUUCAAAUCUUAAUAAUAGAAAGUUUACAAAUAUUGUUAUGAUAAUCUAUAACCCAAAGCUAUUCUUUAAGUUUAAAAAGCAUCUAAUGAAUCAUCAAUCAGGGUUAAUUCAAGCAAGUGGAGGUAAGAACUGCGUUGUUUUAACUUCACAAUAUUUCGGGGUAUGGUAAAACAUAUAUUAAACGACUUGAAAAAAGAA